AUGGCCUCCCCGCGCCUGGGCGCCUCCUGCUGCCCCGCGCGCGACGCCGCCACGCAGCUCGUGCUGAGCUUCCAGCCGCGGGCGGUCCACGCGCUGUGCCUGGGCAGCGGCGCGCUCCGCCUGGCGCUCGGCCUCCUGCCGCUGCUGCCCGGGCGCCGGCCCGCGGGCCCCCGCGCGCCCCCCGCGUCCCCGGCCGCCUCGGCCCGCAUCCUGCGCGCCGCCUCCGCCUGCGACCUGCUCGGCUGCCUGGGCAUCACCGUCCGCUCUGCUGUGUGGUUGGGAUUCCCAGAUUUCGUUGAGGUGAAUGGCACCGCCAUUGGGCCUGUGGCCUUCUGCGUGGGCACUGCGAUGUGGAUCCAGCUGUUGUACAGCGCCUGCUUCUGGUGGCUGUUCUGCUACGCUGUCGACGCCUAUCUGGUGGUCCGGAGGUCUGCAGGACUGAGCACCCUUCUGCUCUACCACAUCAUGGCCUGGGGCCUGGCCGGCCUGCUCUGUGUGGAGGGCGUCCUCAUGCUCUACUCGCCCUCCGUGUCCAGGUGUGAGCGGGGUCUGGAGCAUGCCAUCCCGCACUACGUCACCACCUACCUGCCGCUGCUGCUGGUCCUGGCGGUCAACCCCAUCCUGUUCCACAAGACAGUGACUGCAGUGACCUCGUUACUGAAAGGAAGGCAAGGCGUCUACACAGACAACGAGAGACGGAUGGGAGCCGGGGUCAAGAUCCGAUUUUUCAAAAUCAUGCUGGUUUUAGUCAUUUGCUGGUUGUCAAAUAUCAUCAACGAAAGCCUUUUACUCUAUCUUGAAAUGCAACCGGACAUCCACGCAGGCUCUUUAAAGCAUGUGAGAAAUGCAGCCAAGACCACGUGGUGUAUUCUGGGAAUCCUGAAUCCAGCCCAAGGGUUCCUAUUGUCCCUGGCCUUCCACGGCUGGACAGGAUGCGGCCUGAACGCCCAGGCUUCCCGGAAGGAGCUCCAGUGGCAAUCCCUGACGACAUCGGCCACUGAGCAGGCUCACGGGUCCCCAGAGGGCUCCUGUGCUCCCCGGCAGAGCCCCGCUUCCAGGAAGGAGGUCUGCGGCCGGGGGCAUGCUUCUGACGAGGCCCUGAGCCUGCUCUCUGAAGGCUCUGACGCCAGCACCGUGGAGAUCCGCGUGGCCAGCCCGCCCCGCGGUGGGACGCAGGUCGACUCUGGGCCGCAGCUGCACGGAGACCUGUGAGGGGCGCGGCGGGGCCCCCAGCCUGCCCUUCCCUCCACCCCACCUUCGUCUUCCUGUGAAACCUUCCCACCCCGCACCUCUGCCCUUUCGCAUCCCCCCGGGUCUUCCUCUCCUCCCCUGCUGGAGUUUCCCCGGGCCGCGCUUGCUGGUGAGAGGAGCGCCCUGGGCGUGGGACAGGCGUGGCACAGGCAGGAGAACUCCGUGGGGAGCAAACCUGCGCCCUCUCCGUUACCCCCCUGCCCGGGGCUGGCCGUGGGGGGAGUGCGUCCCACCGCGUCGCCCAGAAGUAAAUGCAAUAAAGUCGUUGUG